GACACGGAGCUGGAGAAAAUCACCCGCAGGUUCACCAUCGAGCUCGCCAAGAAAGGCUUCAUUGGGCCCGGUAUCGAUGUUCCUGCUCCGGAUAUGAGCACCGGAGAGAGGGAGAUGUCCUGGAUCGCUGACACCUUCGCCACCACCAUGGGACACUACGACAUCAACGCUCACGCCUGCGUCACUGGGAAGCCCAUCAGCCAGGGAGGAAUCCACGGUCGCAUCUCCGCCACAGGCCGAGGGGUUUUCCACGGCAUCGAGAACUUCAUCAACGAGGCGUCCUACAUGAGCCAGCUGGGGAUGAGUCCUGGCUUCCAGGACAAGACCUUCGUCAUCCAGGGUUUUGGUAACGUGGGUCUUCACUCCAUGAGAUACCUUCAUCGCUUUGGAGCAAAGUGUGUCGGAGUUGGAGAAAUGGACGGAAGCAUCUGGAACCCCAACGGCAUCGACCCAAAGGAGCUGGAGGACUACAAACUGGCCAACGGGACCAUCGUGGGCUUCCCGAACUCGACGCCGUAUGAAGGAAGCAUCCUGGAGGCCGACUGUGACAUCCUGAUACCUGCCGCCAGCGAGAAGCAGCUGACCAAGAGCAACGCACACAAGAUCAAGGCCAAGAUCAUCGCGGAGGGAGCGAACGGGCCGACCACGCCUGAGGCCGACCGCAUCUUCCUGGAGAGAAACAUCAUGGUGAUCCCGGACAUGUAUCUGAACGCCGGCGGGGUCACCGUCUCCUACUUCGAGUGGCUGAAGAAUCUCAAUCACGUCAGUUACGGUCGACUGACCUUCAAGUACGAGAGAGACUCGAACUACCACCUGCUCAUGUCGGUUCAGGAGAGUUUAGAGAGGAAGUUUGGAAAACAUGGCGGCUCAAUUCCUGUCGUCCCAACCUCUGAGUUCCAGGCCAGGAUCUCUGGAGCAUCUGAGAAGGACAUCGUUCACUCAGGUCUGGCGUUCACCAUGGAGCGCUCAGCCAGGCAAAUCAUGCGAACAGCCAACAAGUACAACCUGGGUCUGGACCUGCGGACGGCGGCGUACGUCAACGCCAUCGAGAAGGUGUUCAAGGUUUACAGCGAGGCCGGCCUCAUCUUCACUUAGAGACCCUGCAUACACCUGUCUGUCUCUCACCUGUCUGUCUCUCUCCUGUCUGUCUCUCACCUGUCUGUCUCUCACCUGUCUGUCUCUCA